CUUGAUUCCUGUCCGCGAUGACGCUGGUGUAACGCCCUGUGAACACCUUUGUCUUAUUCUUUGACUAUGGAUGCAUUUGCUUCUGCUUCCCCGGAACCACCAAGCCCGCCCAACAAGCGCCGGUCGGGUCGCCUAUUUCGGAAAUGCGAACGUUUCAUAUGCGGCGCCGCAAAAUACUUCCCGCUCGCGUUUGUUUGCGGCCUCUCGACAUGGGCCGUAUGGAUACAGGCAACAGUAGGCUUCGGAUACUCCAAGAAUAGCUGGAUAGGGAGCACUAGCGCUAUAAUUGGUAUAUUUUUCUAUAUCUGUCUAGGUACCUCAUAUACCAUCGCCGUGUUUACGGAUCCCGGAUCUCCGGUUAACGCUCGAUCUUCGAAUCGGUUGGGUCGACACGAAUACAGUCACCUCCCGACAACUGAGACCCCCGCGUACAGUGCGCUGACCGUUAGCUCCUCGGGCGGGAAAAGAUACUGCAAAAAAUGCCAGUGCCCCAAACCAGACAGAGCCCACCAUUGUUCAACAUGCAAGAGAUGUGUUUUGAAAAUGGAUCACCACUGUCCGUGGUUGUCGACCUGUGUCGGUUUCUAUAAUUAUAAGGCUUUCUUGUUGUUCUUAAUAUACACCUGCGUCUUUUGCUAUGUAUGUUUAGCAGUCUCGGCAACGUGGGUAUGGAAGGAAAUGUUGGCGGAGACGCGUUACGUCGAGCAUGCUCUGCCGAUCAAUGUCAUCCUUCUGGCAAUAAUCUCCGGGGUUGUUGGUCUAGUGUUGACCGGCUUUACUGCCUGGCAUAUCAGCUUGGCAAUGCGUGGGUUGACCACCAUUGAAUGUCUCGAGAAGACGAGAUAUCUUUCUCCACUGAGGAAGACCCUUGACAAUCAGCGACGACAAUUAGCAUCCCACGAUAGAAGUCGUGAUGCUGGUAUCGGUAACACCCUGCAUAAUUAUGGGCAGCAGCUACUUGACAUGCAUGCCAAUGCAAUACCGGGUGUUACUAGGGAGGAGGAAGGAGAGGAGCGACCAUCGCCUACUGUUCCGAGUCGGAGACCUCAUCCUUCGCAGCUAGGCAACACAUACGAUCCAAAUGAACAUGUCAGCGAUUACCGUUCCCCGGCCCAACAAUCUCUGUAUCGAUCUUAUGAGGAGCUGGAGCGACAUAGAGAGCGAGACAGGUAUGAAGAGUACCUGGAUGAACAGGACUCAGAAAAAUUGCCAAAUGCCUUCGAUCUCGGCUGGCGACGGAAUUUGACUGAUUUAUUUGGCACAAACCCUCUUUUUUGGCUUCUGCCAGUUUUCAGCACCACCGGAGACGGCUGGCACUGGGAACCAAGUUCAAAGUGGUUGGAGGCGCGGCAGAGUAUUGAAAAUCGUCGCGCAAAACGAUGGCAAGAGUUCCAAUCACAGCAGCAACAACAGCUACAAGAACAAUCACACAGCCCAUAUUAUGGAGAGUGGCAUCCAGACGACGAGCGCUCAGGUACUUCUCACUUUUACGACGGUCCAGAUGAGACUGGUCACUCUCCAGCCGGGGUCUCGAUGAAGACUCUGGCACCGAGAUCUCCCCGGGCCACGCCCGGCGAUGAUGACAGUGAUACAGGCGGUGGUUCUGACCGCUAUAGCACGAGCUCUGAUGAGGAUCGAGGGCUUCAAAAUACAAAUUCUAAAUACGGUCUGGCAUCUCACGACCUGGCUGGCCGUGUGAGGCGGAACGGAGAUGAAUGGCGUAAUUGGGAUUGAUAAUGCGUCGGCUCAUUUCGUAUAGGAUGGUUGCGUUUCUUGCUGGUUCGGAAUGAAGUCAUCGGCUAUGUUUAUUUUUCAUCUCUAUAUUAUACGAGGCGCUAUUGCACGAACCUUAGCGGGUGGGCGUUUCUCGGUUGGGAUAGUCUGUGAUUUAUAUUAGGAUUUGUGUGUACCAUUAGAUUUCGAUGGAUUCUUCUGUAUAUAUAGGCCAGUU